AUGCCUUCGGUAUCGACAGAAUUGACUUCGGAGACGCUCGAGGAAUUGUUGAAUCAAAAGGCGCUCACACCAAUCACCCCUAGCGACUAUGAAGCAAAGACUGCAGUGACGAAGUUGAGUUAUCGAGAGAAAGCGAUCCUGGCCCUUAGCCUUGCAAGAUGCCUGCUGGAGUUCAUUGACGACGACAUGGAGUUGGCUUCCCAUAGCUGGAAGCCAGAAAGCAUAUAUUUCCUCAAGUCUGCUGGAACCCAACAGGAUCGUGCCCCAUAUAUCUCACUCAAGCCAAGCCUCCGGGGUUGUCAGUUGCCCGAGUCACUGGGUGCAAUUGGGCUUGGCAAUCCAGUCCUCCUUUCGUUUGCCAAACUCUUACUCGAGAUUGAUAUUGGCGAAAGGAUAAAGAAAGAGAUCGACUACGAAAGUAACGCGAAUUUGUCAACAUGGGUCUGGAUGUGCGGUUUCGUUGACGAAGUCGAGCAGACUGGAGGGGGUAAUUUCCUUCAAGCUGUGAAGGGCUGUCUGUACUUACAUGUCUACAAAGCACACUAUCAGUCAGAUGACGUCGAUGUUGGCUAUAUCACAAGGAAGGUAAUUUACGAGCAGAUAGUGCGGCAGUUGGAGCGCGUGAUACAUACUCAGAGCUUGAAGCGUAAGCGACAGGGAUCCGUAUCUGAGCCUCCUUUAUCGAAGAAGCCUUCUAUCGACACAUCAGCACUGGAAAUGGGCAUGCAGCUUACAGAGGUGUCGCCAAAUAAGAAAAUACCAUGGAUUAGACCUGCUAGUCGAGCUGACUUCGAGGUUGCUGUCGUAUGUGCCUUACCACUGGAAUUCGAUGCUAUAUGCACUGUUGUUGACGAAUUCUGGGACGAGGAUUUUGGAAAGGUUGACGGGGAUCAAAAUAUGUAUACCAACGCACGCAUCGGGAAACUAAACAUCGUUAUCCUCCUCCUCCCCAACAUGGGAAAAGUCAGUGCUGCCAGCACAUGCGCCAGCCUUCGAUCAAGCUAUCCAGGAAUUAGUCUUGUCCUAGUGACUGGUGUUUGCGGAGCAGUGCCUUUUCUUGGGGGUGGAGAGGAAAUUCUCUUAGGAGAUGUUAUAAUUAGCAGGCACAUAAUACAAUACGAUCUUGGCCGGCAAUAUCCUGAUGAGUUCAAGACGAGAGAUACAAUGAAUGACAGACUUAGCAGGGCACCCAAGAAUGUGCGCAAUCUCCUUGCACUUGUCGACACAAAUAGGGGACGUGAGAGGCUGGAGCAGCUGACUAGCACCUACCUUGAAGAUAUACAAACCAAAUCAACUCAAAAGCUCCGGGGGCCUAAAUAUCGGUAUCCAGGAGCCUCGCAAGACCGGCUCUUUCAGCCUGACUACCGGCAUCAACGCCGUGUCCCCUCCCAUGCAACUACUCUUUCAGAAACGCACAAGACGUCAGUCUGCGCCUCCAUCGAGUCUCACAAAGCAUCAUGUGAUGAGCUCGGCUGCGAUAGUGAGCAGCUUGUAUUGCGGAAGCGCAUCAAAAAGAAACUACAGCGAGAGGAAGCUGGAUAUAUUAAGGAAUCUCAGGCCCCGCUCAUAUUUGUUGGCACGAUCGGAUCGGGCGAUACAGUUAUGAGGUCAGGAGAGGAACGAGACAAGAUUGCAAGUACUCAUGGUCUUCUUGCAUUCGAGAUGGAGGGCGCUGGGGUAUGGGACGAAAUGCCCUGCAUCGUUAUUAAAGGCGUCUGUGACUAUGCCGAUAGCCAUAAGAGCAAGAAUUGGCAGGAUUUUGCAGCUGCGACGGCAGCAUCUGCUACCAAAGCUCUUAUGAGCUGGUAUAUUCACCGGGAUAAAACAUCUAGGGCUUAG